AUGGACGAUGACUACGCUUUCUUCGAAUCGGACAACUUAGUCGAGGAGGAGCUGCCAGUCAUCGGUGCCUUUCCUGACCCCGUUGCCGAGUUUGGCGGCGUCGUCGGGACCACCGGUGCAAUUGGCGAUUUGGCUCUGACAGCGGACGGUCAUCUCGCUGCUGCCGCAGCCACGCUGCCCGGCGGCGACGGCGCUGCUCCCAAGCUGGACUUUGACGAGCUCCCUCCACCCAUCAAGAAUGUCCAAGAGUUCCUGCCGAAUGUUCACCCGGACGCCUUCCCCGUUGUCGUAGCCGUGCAAGCGCAGGCCAGUAUUCCAGUCGGCAUUAACCUCGCUGAACUUAGCUGUGCCACACGCAACGUGGAGUACAUGCCGAACAACCGAAUUCCAUCUGCGACGAUGCGGCUGCAUGAGCCGACUGCCGUCGUCAUGAUGCACAACUCAGGGGCUCUCAGCAUCAUCGGCGCAGCUAGCGUCAGUGAAGCGCGCCAGGCGGCGGAGCUGGCGGCCCGUAUCAUCCGCAAAGCUCUCAACCUCAACUUCUCAUCCCUCAAGUUCCGCGUCCGCUCCAUCGCGGCGCGCUUCAACGUGUGCAGUCCGAUUCGUCUCGACAAGCUCGCCGCCUACAAAUUAGACCCCGCCAUGUCGAUCGGGGUGGCGAAGCUGCAGGUCAGCUACGAGCCAGAGCGCUUCAACGGCUGCGUGCUUCGCCUCGUCGGCAAGUCCUCGCGCGGGGACAACCAGUGGAGUGUGAGCUGCAGCGUGUUUGUGACCGGCAAGGUGCAGUUGAUGGGCGCCCGAAGCAUGGAUGAACUGCGCUUUGCCUUCAACGCGUUUGUGCCCAUCAUUGCCAAGAAUUUGGACGAGCGGAAGACUGCCUAG